AUGGAUGAACUUGCAGUUGAAGUAUGUGGUGACAAUGGUGCUCACUACAAGGGCAUUGUCACCGAAGUGUUUGAUGAUGGAGUCAUGGUCGAGUUCGAGAAUGAUUGGCAAGAGGCAUCAAAGUUCCACUUCAAUCAAGUACGAUUACCACCAAGCGAAAAUUAUGAAGGUUUUGUCGAGCGAAUGGAGGUGGAAGUAUUUUCUCGUUCACAUGAAAAUGAAGCUUGCGGUUGGUGGCGGGCGGUUAUAAAGAUGAUGAAAGGAGAGUUUCUCGUCGUUGAAUACCUUGGCUGGGACCACAGUUAUACAGAAAUUGUGAACACUGAUCGGAUUCGAGCGAUAAAUCCUAGUUCAACAAUCAAUGAAAAAACCUUCCAUCGAUUCGAAAUAGAGGUACCAGAAGAAGUGCGGGAAUACGCUAAAAUUGAUGGUGUUCAUAAAGAGUUUCAGAAAACUAUACAAGCAGCUAUUUGUCGGUACAUACCCGAUCACGGUGUUUUACGUGUUAUCUCUCGAUCCGAAGCAACUCAACGAAAAGCAACGAUGAUUCAAGAGAUGCAUUUCCGCAAUUUAAAUCAAAAAGUGGUUUUGCUAAAACGUACUGAAGAAGCUGCCAGGCAAUUAGAGUCCACGAAAUUACAGAGUUCUGGAGGGCAAUUUAAUAACAAUCAGAGAAUAUCUGCCUUUAUGGGACAAUGUAUGAGUGAAAGAUUUACUGAUGAAUUUAAAGUUCGUGAAGAUUUGAUGGGGCUUGCCAUUGGCGCACAUGGUGGUAAUAUUCAAACAGCUCGAAAGUUGGAUGGUGUGUUGAAUAUCGAACUGGAAGAAAAUACUUGUACCUUCAAAAUUUCUGGAGAGUCUAGCGAAGCAGUAAAAAAAGCCCGGGCGAUGUUAGAAUAUAGCGAGGAAUCGUUGCAAGUUCCUCGAAAUUUGGUAGGAAAGGUUAUCGGAAAAAAUGGUCGAAUUAUUCAAGAAAUUGUGGAUAAAAGCGGUGUUGUACGCGUGAAGAUUGAAGGUGACAACGAACCUCAGCCUAGCAUUCCGAGAGAAGAAGGACAAGUCCCAUUCGUAUUUGUCGGCACUGUUGAAUCUAUAGCCAAUGCCAAAGUUUUGUUGGAAUAUCAUUUAGUGCAUUUGAAGGAAAUAGAGCAAUUACGCCAAGAAAAACUUGAAAUCGAUCAACAAUUACGCGCUAUUCAAGGUUCAAGCAUUGGCUCUAUGCAAAGUUUCUCAAUGAAUCGACGAUCAGAUCGAUCUUAUAACAAUGAUAGUGACGGAUCCCGUUUAAACCGCGGGGGAAUGCGUGGACGCGGUGGACGCGGUGGUCGCGGUGCAAAUCAACGAUAUUCUGCUCGGCGUGCUGCAGAUAAUGAGGACGAUUACACAUCCAGAGUUGAUAAAGACCACAGAGCCGGUAGCAGUAACUACAUGGACGGGCGUAAUAAUCGAAAUUCCCGGGGACAAAGUGAAAAAAGAGCUGGAUCUACAGUUUUAGCAAGCAGUAAUAGUGCAUCUGGUGUUACAGACCAGAGCAGAUCCGCAGCAAGCAAUGGUAACUCGAUUAUUGGUGCAGGAAGUGGUGUAACCAAUAGCGGUAUUGGCAACAGCGGAAAAAGAAAUGAACGAAACAAAACGCAAUCGCAUCAGCUACAAAACGCACGACAACUUCCGCAAAUAUCCUCAUCACAAACGGAACAUCCAAAGUCCGAACAGACAGGUUUGCCUGGUCCGGAAGAAAGCGCGGAAAAGCGAGACUCAUCUCAAAGAAAUGCAAACGAAUUGCCUUGGACGAGUUGUUGGAACGACGGUUAUGAACGGAACAAUGCAGAACAUGAAAGCAAUUCAUCGAAUGAUGGAACGCACCAGCGUAGCAGACGACGAUCUAAAAAUCCAACAUUGAAGACUCCAGCAAACGGAAAUACACAAAAUUCUAAUACUAAACCGAAUAACUCCAGCAACAACAAUUCUGUUAGUGCUGUUACAUCCGGAAAUCAGCCAAACUCUAGCAGCAAACUUCAGCAAGCAACAACGCUGCAGCAACAUUCGCAACACAUACAGGCUGGUGCACAGAAUAAUUCAAGUGCGUCACAAUCUAAUGGCACCAGUGGGAAUAUAACUACAGUUCAUACAAGUGUUGGCAAUACAUCCGCUCCUGGGCCAAAAAUUCAACGGGAUACAAAUUCGCGUCAUCGAGGCAGUCGUGGAGGAGUUGGAGUCGGUAGUAAACAUAAGCAAACACAACAACACCAGCCAAACCAACAUUCGUCACAAAAUCAACAACAGGAUAGUGAAAAUACUUCAAGUAAAGUUAAUAUCGUGGCUGUAGGAGGCACAGUAUCUACUGGUUCAUCAACGUUGGUAACAGUAAAGAGUGGAAAAGAUGCACUACUAAACGGAUCUUCAUAG